AUGCUUUUUAAACAAUGGAACGACUACACUGAACCAAGACAUCACAUCGAUGCACCUUUGGAUGAAAUUGAAGACCUGGGAUCUUUGAAAGUUGAACCUCUUCCAAAAGUUGAGCUACUGGGAGAAUUGGACAUUUCAGCUUAUAAACGGGCGAUUAUAACAACGAAGGUGUUUAGAUCACUGUUUCCAGGAAACUUGAGCAAUGGUAAGAAAGUUUCUACUUUUCGCAUCUCGUGGAACAUCAGAAACAGGGAAGAUACAAUGUAUCGCGAAGAUUUCCAACUUCGAGAGGAAAGUUCACGCAAGGGCGAUGCCAAAGUUUUGGAGAUCCCAGUGGUACAACUCGAUCGAGAAACACUUGUGAUUAGCGUGGCUGAGGAUUUUAUGCACGUACCUCCAAUUGCGUUGAAUCUCUUGUCCAAACAGAUAUCACAGCUUUUCUCAAAAUCAUUGGAUAUAGUUGUGCUUGGAUCAAGCGACAGGAUUGAAGAGGUGAAAUCAGUGGCGUUUCUGAAUGGAGAGCCGCAAACUGAACUGCAUAGCCUGGUCCCACCCGAAUUCUUGACCAAUUUCAUCGCCAGCUUAGUCACACAGCUAGUUUUGGGCAAAAUACCAUUUCGCGGCUAUAUAGCACCAAGUGAAGGCCCCUCGGGCUAUGAGAAACUGUCAUUGGAGGCCAUGGAUACGCUUAUCGUAAAAUGCUGGUCAGAAUUCGCCCUUGCCGACAGAGACGCUUACUUCAAGGAAUGCCAUCGUAACUGGAGAUUAAACGGUACCGCAAUGGGCGCACAUGCAGGACUUUAUCUGUAG